CGACUCUCUAGACUUGGCCUACAAUCCCUCCGAUCAUCAACUACGCAUUUUCACGGAAUGAGCGACACCGGUGCCCCCCGUAGUUCGCUCAUAAAAGAUUCAUCCAAUCUGAUAAGAAACAGUCACGGUGAUAAUCCUGGGUUAGAUUCGAUCAAAUGCAGCAGAAAACAGGAUUUUGAUUGGCGAAAUGGAGUAGCGGGAGGUGUUGCUGGCUGCGCAGCCAAGACGGUUGUUGCUCCAAUAGAAAGGAUCAAGAUUCUGUUUCAAACGUCGAACCCGCAUUUCCUGCGGUAUUCAACCCGGUGGAAUGGUUUAAUCGAGGCCAUCAGUCACAUUCGGACAUCGCAUGGGAUAUCUGCACUCUUCAAAGGCCACGCGGCGAGCCUGAUCCGCGUUUUUCCGUAUGCUGGUACCAACUUCCUCGCAUACGAACAACUUCAACGCGCAAUUAUAUCCCAGACGGACACACCAUUUCAUCGAUUCUUCUGCGGGAGUAUGGCUGGUGCCAUUUCUACUGUCUUCACAUACCCUCUUGAGUUGAUCCGCAUCCGUCUUGCUUUUGAAACGGAACACAAUAAAUAUUCCUCUUGGUUCAGGAUUUGUCGAAAUAUCUUCUUUGAAAGCGGCGGUAAGGGUAGCUUAUUAAAUCUUUAUCAAGGAAUUGGCCCUACUCUGCUAGGCAUACUUCCCUAUGCCGGCACAUCAUUCGUAACCCACGAUCUAAUGAGAGACCAGCUGCGCUCACCUCUGUUUGCACCUUAUACUCUUGAAACGGGAUCGUCAACUCGACUGACUGCACUGGCCCAGCUUUUUUGCGGAGCAAUCGCUGGUAUUGUUGCUCAAACAGUUGCUUACCCAAUUGAUAUCCUUCGGCGACGAAUGCAAGUUGGAAAUGUGAUUGGUAGCAGAUUAGGGAUUCUAGAGACAGCUCGUCGCAUAAUUAUAGAGAGAGGGGCUAGGGGUUUCUAUGUCGGUUUGACAAUUGGCUACGUAAAGAUGGCUCCUAUGGUGGCGACCAGUUUCUAUGUCUAUGAUCGAAUGAAGCGAUUAUUGGGCAUCAUCGAAUAAAGAUACUUUUUCUUCUGCCCGGCUCAACAAAAUGUCUCUACCAAUUAAGCACCAGCUAUUUAUUCACAGCUUGACGCCAAUAUCUUGGCUGUCCUUGGGCCCAUUAGCCCAUCUUUCAUCCUCGAAAUCCGUUGCGCGGUGGUUGGAACCUUCGCACGGUAUGUUUCUCGGCGUAUACGAGCACCC